CCCAUCACAUACACGUAUAUAUGAACUCCACGCAACAAUGAUCAUUGAACGUUGCUUAAAAUUGCAAUGAAUGUUGCGCACAAUUGUAAUAACUCCCCAAUAAUAGAAGCUCGGCUCAGUUCAUCUCAUGGGUGAUCUUACCCAACAACCACAACUCAUUUCACCGGCGACUCCUCCUCCUCCUCCUCCUCCUCCUCCCACUCCAUUCUCCGGCGUUCCAAGGCAUUCUCACGCCGCCAGUUUCCCCAUCACGGCCGUCGCCAUCAUCGGAAUUAUAGCCACCGGCUUCUUGCUACUCAGCUACUACAUCUUCGUGAUCAAGUGCUGUCUCAACUGGCAUAGAAUCGACCUUCUGAGGCGAUUUUCCAUUAAUUCCAGAAGGCGGCGAGUCGACGACCCUUUGUCGUCGGUGUACUCCCUGGCCGGCGAAAUCCGGCGAGGGCUCGACGAAUCCACGAUCCGAUCGAUCCCGGUUUUGCAGUACAAGAAAGGCGAAGAAGAUGGAGGGUCAGAAAACAGGGAAUGCUGCGUUUGUUUGAAUGAGUUUGAAGAAGGGGAAAAAGUGAGAGUUUUACCAAACUGUGGCCAUCCUUUCCACAUUGAUUGCAUUGACAUUUGGCUUCAAAACAACCCAAAUUGCCCACUUUGCAGAAACCCAAUUUCUGCCCCCUCACCAAAGCUUCUUAAUCAUCAUCAAGAUUCAGUUUUUUCAGAGCGUUUCACAGGCAGGGAUGAGGAUUAUGUUGUCAUUGAAAUUUGCCAGGAUAAUGGUAAUCCAGCUGAGCUAUCACCGACUUUAUCUAUUAGCCCUUCUCCCAUACCGAAAUUUCAAGAAAAAGCGUUGAAAUUACACGGCCAAAGCUUUGGGGAUGAGUGCAUUGAUAUGUGCAGAGAAAAGGACGAGCGGUUUGCAGUUGAGCCCAUUAGGAGAUCUCUGUCAAUGAGCUCGGCCGUGGACCGCCGGCAGCUAGCGAGCCAAGAAACCGUUCAGCGGCAAAGGCUCAACCGGCCUGAGGUUAGUUGUAGUGAAGGUAGCAGUGGCAGACCUAAAAAGUUGUGUUUCUCGUUUGGACAUAGAAGGGGAUCAAGAAGCUCUGUUAUACCAGUUCACUUGGAGCCUUGAUGGAUUAUAUUGCCUUUUUAGUGUAAUUAAUAUAUAUGUAUUUUUUUAUAUAGUGGGUCUAUUCUACCCGAUGAGACUAAUCCAAUAGAGUUUGGAUCUGGUCUCAUUUGAGCUCAUAAGUUUUUUUUUAAAAGGGCAACAUUUGUGUGCGACGAUUUCACGAGUUUCAAUCUGUGAGACAUAUCGAAUCUUUGAUUAAUGAGUCAGAUCUUUGACUCAUUAAUCAAAGAUCUCACAUUUCUAACGGAUGAGACAUCUGAGAUGGUCUCUCAUACAAGUUUUUACCUUCCUAAAAACAUUGUUACGAGUUCAAAUUUCUUAUUUGAUGCAUAUAGUUAAUUUUUUUGUUAAAUUUUCUAUGUA